AAAGUUUGAAUUAGAAAAAAGAAGAUGUAUGAAGAAAACAAUGGUUUUGAUGAAAGCAUCAGUAUGCAUGGAGGUGGAUUCAGUGAAGCUGAGGAUGCUUUCUCCCAAACCCACUGCAACAACUUCACCACACAGGAGCAACCCUACCCUCAAAACGACGUCGCCGCCCUAGAGAUGGAGCUGCAGAUCGAGCAGUGCUUCACCACCAACAACAAAAUUCAUGAAAUGGUUCACCACGCCUCUCAUUGGCAAGACAUCACCACUGGCCAUUACCAGAAUUCUGCAGCAGAUUUCAACCAAGUCUUCGCUGCUAAAGCUUCAUUCACCCAGCCCCCCGAUUUGCCAACCAUAUUUCCUCCGCCGUCUUCGCUGCUUCCCAACUUUCCCCAAAAGUCCCCAGCUUUCUCCGCUUCGUCGAGCAGCAUCGUUUACGACCCUCUGCUGGCAUUGAAUCAGCCCCCUUCGUUCAGAGAUCUGUUCUAUUCUUCGCCAAAUGGCGGUGGGGUUUACACACUUGGGGUUGGGGUUGAUGAGAGAGAAGGAAAUGUGGGUAUCUAUGAAAACGGUGAAGGAGUUUUUGAGUUCACAGCAGCAGAAAUGGUUGAGAUUGAGAAUGGAGAUGGUAUUAAGGAUACCAAACACCACUCGAGUGAGAAGCGAAGGAGAGUGGAGUUGAAGGGCAAGUAUGAGUCUCUGCGACUACUGGUUCCUGAUCCCAGUAAGAAUGACAGAGCGUCGAUCGUGGCCGACGCCAUUCGCUACAUCAAGGAGCUGAAGAGGACUGUGAGUGAGCUCAAAGGUCUCGUAGAGAGAAAGAGAUGUGCGAGAGAGAGGUUCAAGAGGCCUAAGGUGGAAGAAGAUGACGUGGAUCCUUCGCUGCGGAGCUCGUGGCUGCACCGCAAGUCCAAGAACACCGAGGUGGAUGUCCGAAUCGUGGACGACGAGAUCACGGUGAAGCUGGUGCAGCAGAAGCGGAUCAACUGCUUGCUGUUUGUUUCCAAGGUGCAUGAUGAAAUGCAGCUCGACCUUCAACAUGUUGCUGGAGGCCUCAUUGGUGAUUAUUAUAGUUACCUUUUCAACUCCAAGAUUUGCGAGGGGUCGAUUGUGUACGCGAGUGCAGUAGCGAACAAGCUGAUUGAAGUUGUGGACAAACACUAUGCUGCACUCCCACCAACAACAACCUAUUAGGGGGGGAUUUUGUUCUACACAGGACUUGAUGUUUCAGGAGUAAACUAGGGUACUAUAUAAAGAAGUUCAAAGAAUGUUUUCUAAUUCUAUCUUUAAUUAUGUGUCAACUAUAUACCAUACAAAUACAAUGUCGCAGUUUGGUGAAAUAUCAGUGUACUGUGUUUGUUUUAUAUUGUUACUUUAUAUACGCGGAGGUUCAAGUAAGAAUCAAGCUAAAUAAAAUAAGAACGGAGAAUUAUUUUCAGCAAUUUGAUAAUCAAGAUGUAAAGUAAAUGUAUCAUCUUGUUGACAAAUACUCUGGGUUGGCAAACAAGAAGACGGUAACCAUUCAGCCGGGAAAGGAUCAGUCGGUGCUGCUUACCACAUCUAUAACAAAGAAACCGAACA